AACUUGACAAUUGACAACACGUCGAAAAUGGCUGACUCGGGGCCAAGUAAAGGCGAUAUUGAAGCAAUUUUUCAAAGAUUACGUGCUAUCCCUUCCAAUAAAAUAUGUUUCGACUGCAACGCGAAGAACCCUACGUGGUCGUCGGUGACGUACGGGGUGUUCAUCUGCCUGGACUGCUCGGCCGUGCACCGUGGGCUGGGUGUGCAUCUCACCUUCGUGCGCUCCACGCAGCUGGACACCAACUGGACAUGGAAGCAGCUGCGCAACAUGCAGCUCGGCGGGAACGUCAACGCGACACAGUUCUUCCGGACGCACGGGCUGGUGACUGAGGAUGCGCGACAGAAGUACAGCUCGCGCGUGGCGCAAAUGUACCGAGACAAGCUCAGCACUAUGUCCGACCAGGCCAUGAAGACCUACGGCACCAAGCUGCACCUGGACCCGGCGCCGGCGGAGACCAAGGAGACGAAGGAGCCUGAGGUAGACUGGUUCGAUGCACACACCGAACCUAACUCUAACCAGCUUGCGCACGACCAGGAGCCGGUGGCCCUGGGCGCCGCGAGCUCGGCGUUCAGCUCGGAGGCGCGGCUGUGGGGCGCCGCCCCCGCCGCGGAGGGCGACGCGCCGCGCCCCGCCUCCAUCGGGGCUCGCAGGCCACAGGCCAAGCGCUCCGGGCUGGGCGCGCGCAAGGGCGGGCUGGGCGCCACCAAGGUGUCCGCCAAUUUCGACGACAUCGAGCGUGAAGCCAUCAUGGCGGAAAAACUCAAAAUGGAGGCGGCGGCCGCGGCGCCGGGCGGCGGGGGCGGGGGCUCCGCCACGCUGGAGGCGGUGGAGGCGGAGGUGGCGUCCCUGCGGCUGGCGUACUCGCCCGCCGCCUCCAAGCAGCAGCAGGACCGCCUCGGCAUCGCCGCCGCCUCGCGCAACCAUGCGCCCGGCGUGUCCCACAGCGCGGCGGCCGACAUGACGGUGAUCGAGCAGGAAGGUGCGCCUGCGCCCGCGCACGCCCUCGACGACAUGGACGACUUCAACUCCGUCUUCACUAUGAUACGGAACGAGCCGUACGGGCGCGGUGUAGACUCGCUGGGCUCCAUGGGCCCGCUGGGCGGCGGCGGCGGCGGCGGCGCCCCCCGCGGCAAGCCCGCGCUGUCGUCGUCGUGGGAGGACAUCGCGCCCGAGCCGCCGCGCGGGGUGCGCAGCAUGUUCGCGCCCGACGAGCCGCGGCCCGCGCCCGCGCCCCGCAAGCCCCCCCGGAGGCACGAGCCCGGGGACGAGGACACCGCCGUCAAGAAGUUCGGCUCCGCUAAGGCGAUCAGCUCCGCGCAGUUCUUCGGGGAACAGGACAGCCGCUGGGAGCGCGACGCCAACCUGUCCCGCUUCCAGGGCAGCACCAGCAUCUCGUCGGCCGAGUACUUCGGGGACCGCAGCCCCGGCCCGCCGCGCCCGCCGCCCGGCUUCAGCGUGUCCGCGCCCGACCUGGACGAGGUGCGCGAGUCCGUGCGUGCGGGCGUGACGCGCGUGGCGGGGCGCCUGUCGUCGCUGGCCAACGGCGUGGUGUCCUCCAUCCAGGAGCGCUACGGGUACUGAGCCGGCCCGCGACACGCACCUUUUGUACGUUUUCUAUUCCGCGAACAUUGUGCAAUAUGCAUUGACCUGGUAAUUCAUGGACGCCGGGACAACCCUCCAAAGUUUCUCAGUCAUAACAUACGAAAGACACUAAAUAACAAUGAGGGUGAGUUUUUUACUCCAGACGUCGCUUCGUAGGCAUCUGAUGCACACAAUUUCAAAUGACGAGGGUUUUCCGAAAGCUGACGCCACCUUGACAAGAGGUCUCCCAUCUCAACAAUACGCGCUAUUAAAACGUGACGUCAUCUCAGAAAAAUCUCCGCGUUCCAACGUUAUUUCUCCUUUGGCAUCGCCAAGUUGACGGUACCACAACACAUAUUAAAGUGAAUCUUGCAUCAGUUCCGGCGUCCAUUUGUAACUUGAUCAAUGUCAAUAUACGUAGACGGGAGCAUCUCUCGCACUGUAGAAACCAUGUUAUAUAUACUGUCACCGUGUAAAUAUUGUAUGUAACGAAGUAUGAUAGUGGCCACGCAGCGAUCCCACGUUCGAUUCUUGUUCAAAGUUCUGCGGAGACUCGUGUUACUGUUGUCCGGACUGCUACUGCUAAUGUUGUCUACAUUAUCACAAUACACAAAAUAAUUGGAAUUAGUCUGAGUUUUGAAAUUAAUUACAUUCCGUUUUUUUUCUAAAGUCGUGAUGGCUGCGCGUGAUGUUAUUGCGCUCAUGGAGCAAAACAUAUGUUGUGACGUCACGAGAGACGACAGCCAGCGCACCAACGUAGCGCUACUGAACAUACACCAUACACACAAGGCGCAAGGACCCCGAUACCGACCCCGCCGGCGUGGUCGACGAUUUCCCUCAUUCAGCGCUUAUCGCUAUCGACCCACUAGGGUCGAUUAAUUCUUUCAAAUAUUUUUCCUCUCAGACGACGCCCUGAGCCGAGAUUCGCGCCCAACUGGGCACCCUCAGGCCUGUUGUCUUAAACGUUGUACCGGGUGAGAGCCUUCAGCGCUCCCCAUUUGUCCGGCCAAGUAGUUAAUGCCAUCUGUGGCAAAUCUACAAUAAAAAAAAAAACAAGGCGCGCCGCGCUGACGUCACGCGAUGACGUCACGACGUGCUGAUCACAGACAGUACAGCGCAUUUACCUUCCUAGCAAAUAUUAUAUUUAUUUUUACACAAUCUUUUGGUGAUAGGUCGUUUAUUUUUAUAACAUCUCGUCGUAAGUUAUGUUGAUUUAGUUGUUAGACCGCGUCGGCGCGGCCGGCGCGACGCGUUAGUGUUAUUGCAUCUUUACGUUUUGACAAAUAUUAUAAGAAUAAAUUGCCAGCCGCGCCGUGCUCGCGGGGCACGGAGGGCCGGCGCAGUAUUACCCGUGACGUCACCGCCGCGAGCCCGGGCGCGUGCUCUCCGAAGCCACGAAUCUGUGUAUUUAGUUGAUAUGUAAUUAAACGUUGUACUUUAUUCCUAAUUGUAUUUAAAGUUGUUCGGCUACUUGAGUAAAUAAAAAUUAGUAUUUGUAUAAAAAUAAUUUGUUUUUAGAUAAUAAUUAUUGAUAUAAAUAUACAAAAUUAUAUUUGCUAAA